AUGGACACCAACCAGAACACCACCACUAGUGCAUUCACAAAUGCGAACAGCACUUGGAAUCUUGAAAAGAUGGAAACAAAUGAACAACAACAACAACAUCAUGACCAUAUUAUUCUCCAAGUCCAAGACCCUCUGGGUUCGGGGAUUUGGCCCAACAACUACCCCCACAACCACAACCUUAACCUUCUUCAAAUGCAUCAAACACCCCCCACAACAACCUCGUCCAUCGUAGCACCACCCUCUUCCUCGGGGUUCCUUGGAGACAUACUAGGUGUUCACAACAUGGAUGAAGAUGAAGAGCCAGAAGAAGAGCUAGGAGCCAUGAAGGAGAUGAUGUACAAGAUCGCUGCUAUGCAACCCGUGGACAUCGACCCCGCCACCAUCCGAAAACCAAAGAGAAGAAACGUUCGCAUCAGCGACGACCCUCAGAGCGUGGCUGCUCGCCACAGGAGAGAGAGGAUCAGCGAGAAAAUCCGCAUCCUCCAAAGACUCGUUCCCGGGGGAACCAAAAUGGACACUGCUUCAAUGCUUGACGAAGCCAUUCGCUAUGUUAAGUUCCUCAAGAGACAAAUCAGGUUGCUUCAAUCCAUUCCUCACCCUUCCCAACCACCACAGUGCAUUGGUUUUGCUACCACAAAUGCUAGCACCUUGCUAUUAGCCCCUUCUUGUGACUGGUCUUUUGCACCAAAUGUGUUACUCAGUUCCACCGCUGUAACGGCCGCCGCGGCCUCUUCUUCCUCCAUGGACAUUCCGGCCGGCCUCGGAUUCGACGGCAGUGGCCAUGCUUGUGACGGCUCCUCCAGCUUUAAUCAGCAUGAGGUAAUCAGUGAAUAA